AUGAGCGGGCGGUGCAGCGCACGAGCGGGCGGUGCAGCGUACGAGCGGGCGGUGCAGCGUACGAGCGGGCGGUGCAGCGUACGAGCGGGCGGUGCAGCGUACGAGCGGGCGGUGCAGCGUACGAGCGGGCGGUGCAGCGUACGAGCGGGCGGUGCAGCGUACGAGCGGGCGGUGCAGCGUACGAGCGGGCGGUGCAGCGUACGAGCGGGCGGUGCAGCGUAUGAGCGGGCGGGUCUUCGAGCAACAGCCCACGAGUACAUGGCGCGCUUCUUCCUGCAAAUCCCUCAGAACGAGCUUCCAUCUCUCCUCCAACCCUCGCACCUCCACUCCCCCCUCCUGCCACAACCACGGCUUCCCCACCCUCCCUUCCUCCUCUCAUCAACUCCCCAUACCGCCCCCCCACACCCUCCCAUCCCCCCUUCCUCCCUCCUCCAUCCCUCUCUCCAACCGUCACUCCCCCAUCCCUCCUCACUCCACCUCCCCUUUCUCCAACCAGUCACGUUCUUACCCUCCCAUCUGCCACCGUCUAAUCUUUUACCCUUCUCCACCCCUUCCUCCGUAUCUCCUUCUGCUCUCACCCCAUCCUCUUGCCUCGCUAUCACUUAUCCCAAAGAUGCUGCUGCUGCUGAUCCUGCUACUCCUGCUGCUGCUGCUGAUCCUGCUUCUCCUGCUGCUGCUGCUGAUCCUGCUACUCCUGCUGCUGCUGAUCCUGCUAGUAGCACCUGCAGCAGUGUUGGCGCUGCCUCUGCUGCCUCUGCUGGUUCUGCUGCUGCUGGAGGCCUAACCAGUGGUGAUGCGGUUACCACUAGCAGUGCGGUUACCAGCCGUACCACUGCGGUUACCGAUCGGCGUAUCUGCAAGCUGAUAGCGCUUCUAGGAGAGGCAUAUCUGGGCCUAGCAGAAGCUUAUAAGGGGAAUGGGCAGGUGGGGCGGGCUUUAAGAGCUGCUGAGCUGGCGUGUGUGGUUGUGGGGGGUUGGCCGUGGGACUUGGAGGAUCUAGGCUUGGAAGGGGAAGGGGAGGAGGGGGGAGAGGGAGGAGUGGGAGGAGAGGGAGAGGAUGGGAGGCGGGAUGAAGGGGAGGAGGGUAGGUUUCGGGGAUUGGAGGGAUGGGGGGUUGGAGGUGAGGGGAAUGGAAUGAAGACUGGUGGCGAGCAGGAAGGGGAGAGAGCGGAGAGGGGGGUGCAAGAGGUUAGGGGGGCGAGAGGUGGGAGGAAGAAAGCGAAAGGGAAAGAUAGGAAGCAGAAGAAGGGCGAAAGAGGGGCGGAAGGAGGAAAUGCUUUACAUGUAGCGAGUCAGCCCGUAAGGGAGAUGAGGGUGGAAGACAGGCUGAGGCUGUCCGAUUCUGGCUGCUCCACGUCUGACGCCCCUGUGCUUCGUGUUUACACUGCGUCACGUACAGUCACACCGCUUAAAGUCACACAAUCUCUCGGUGGGGCUAAAACGAAGGACUCUUCAAAGCCCAGCCAGUCAGCACGCAAGAAUGAGAGGCAGAUCCGUGUUUCUGAAUCUGGAAGGCCAAAAGGGGUGGGGGUGGGAGUGAGCAGAGGAGCAGCAGCAGCAGCAGCAGCAGGGAUGUUGGCGGGAGGGGGAGAAUCUGCAGGGUGGGAGGGUAGCAUGUGGUUGUGCAGGCGUGUGAGUGGAAGGAGCUUUUGGGGUGAGCUGUGGGAACUGGUAGGAGAUUUGUAUGUGGACCUAGAGACUAGGGUCGGAACAGGGUCGGAGCCUGAGCAAGCAGCAAGGCUCGGUGAUUCGAAGCAAGAGGCGAGACUCGGUGACCCAAAGCAAGGGGCAAGGGUUGGUGGUGCGAGGUUGGGCGAGGGGAGAAGGGAAGAAGGCAGUGUGGCUGUGCGGGCUGCAGCAGUGGCUGCAGAGGGAGAGGCAUCUGGGAGUGCAGAGCUGAGGAUAGAAGAGGAGGUGGCAAGGGAGGUGAGACGGGUGAGGAAGAAAAGGAGGCAGAGGGAGGGCAGUGGUCACGGGGCAACAGGCGAAAGGGUCGCGGCUGGGGAGGCAGCAAGGGCAGCAGCAGGGGCAGCAGAAGCAGUAGCAGCUGUAGCACAUGCUGUUUGUAGCGUGUGUGGGAGGGGCGGUUGUAGCUGCUUGAAUGAACGAGCACGACGAGACAACGGUGAAUCAGCAUCAGCAGCACCAUCAGCCCUUCCCCAAGCCGCCUGCGCUGCAACCAGCUGGAAGAGUCGUUGUUUUGGCCGACCGUUCGUGCUCGACCCGAACGCCAACUACCAAUCAGCAGCCGAGUUUUACUCCCGGGCAGCGGCUGCGUUCUCGGCCAAUCACGACGCGACAAGCAAGCAGGCGGUUAUGAGGAAACGCGGAUGGGCCUGCAACGAGCGCGGCCGGUGGCUUCUCAACUCCCCUUCCUCCUCCUCUCCCUCCUCCUCUUCCUCCUCUUCCUCUGCCUCAUCUCCUCCUCCACCUCCCACACCCCCACACGCCACCAUAGCAGCAGCACGGGCAGCGCUGGUGGCGGCAGCAGAGGCAUUCUGGGAAGCGGGAGAUGCUCCCAAUGCUGCUCUCGUGCUCUGCAAUCUGGGCCAUGGGGAACGGGCAGAUGCUGAGGUGAUUGCUGCUCCUGUUCUCAUGCUCUCUGAGCAAGCAGGUGCUUCUGGCGUGGGCUUUAGUAAUGCUGCUUCUUCUGCUGCUGCUGCUGCUCCUGCUGCUGGGGCGCCUGUUGCUUUUGGUGCUGGGGAUGCCGCAACGAAUGUUAACGGCGGUGAAAGUGGUUCCGCUGGUGCUGGUGCUGGUGCUGGUACUGGUGCUGGUGCUGGGUUCUCGGGCAAGUUUGAGAGAGCGAGGCAGCGGUAUAUGCGGGCGUUGGGGUGGUAUGGGGAUGCUCGCAGGGAGCUGAUGAGGAGUGUGGGGGAAGGUAAGGCCGAUGGUGCUGCCGAUGGGAGUACGGACGUAGCGGGAGGAGCAGGAGGAGCAGGGGGAGUAGGAGUAGGAGGAGGACGAGGUAAGGGUGGCGUGGGGGUUGAGAGUGAGUCAGCAGCAGCACGGGCAUAUGGGGUGGUGUGGAGCGAGGUGAACCUGCAAUUCGCCCACACUUACCUAAGAGUCGGCAUGCUUAUGGCCGCUGCGGAACGCCUGGGCCUCCCAAUGGUCCCUGCUGGGAACAGGAAAGAGAAUGCGGAUAGUUCCAGUUGGUUCGGUGGAGGGAGGGUGGAGAAUGAGAGAGGGGAUGGGGAUGGGGAUGGGGUGAGGGAGGAAGGCGGAGGGGGGGCAGGGGAGGGGAAUGAGUGGGAGUGGGAGGUGCGAGGGUAUGUUUCGGCGAAGGAUGCCUUGAGUAAGGCCCUGAUUCUGUAUGAGUCUCUAGGGGCGAGCAGACAGCAAGAAGCUGCCUUUGCUCACUUCCAUCUUGCUGGUUACCACAGGGAUUGUGCCCUUCGUGCUGCUGCUGCUGCUGCUGCUGCAGGAGGAUCAGCAGCAGGGGGUGUGGCGGAUUGGCAGCAGCAGCAGCAGCAGCAGCAGCAGCAGCAGAAGCGCCUGGCAGCGUUAGCAGAGGUGCACUGGCACAAGGCAGUGUGCUUCUAUCGAGCGGAAGCGCAUCCGGACAUGUUUGUGACUAUAUGCAUGGAGAGGGCGGGGCUAGCGUCUGGUCUGGGCGGGCAGAAGCAGCAGCAGUGGCAGAGUCACCUCGCGGCUCUGAGACACCUCAUGGCAGUGCAGGCCGCGCUAUCACCACCCCCAGGCCCCUCUCCCUCCCCGGUUCCCGAUUCCAAAACCACGGAGCACUCAAAGCAAGCUCACGACAAGGCGUCCCCUCUCUACAGUCACACGGCUGAGAGGCUGUGCCAUCUCGUACAGUCACACCUGAAGGCCUUGCUGGGCCUUGCUCUGGCAUCUUCCGGCUCAUCCCUCGGUGGGAGGAAGGCGGGUGAAGGUACAAGUGCAGCAGGCUUAGGGGUUGGGAGACGUGGAGAGGAGUCUGUGGGAGUGCUUCGAGAGGCUUACAGGUGCUCUUUGAAGCUGGACAAGUGUGCAUUGAACCUGCAUUCGAUAUCUGUAUUGGUUGCUCGUUUGCAGUAA